UGUCAGGGGGCGGGGCGCCAGGAGGCGGGGCUGGAGGGCGAUGCUGUCGGUUGCUCGAGCGGCGGUCGGCAGGUCGCUGGCGGCGGGGAGAGGAGGCCGCCUCCUGGUCCCGAGGCUCCGGGCGUCCCGGUGAGAGGAAAACACAGGUCUUAUGAUGUUGCCAUUGUCGGAGGAGGAAUUGUGGGUCUGGCAUCUGCCAGAGAACUUCUACAGAGACAUCCGAAGUUGACCUACGUUGUACUGGAAAAGGAAAACGAACUGGCUUUUCAUCAGAGUGGACACAACAGUGGCGUUAUUCACUCUGGAAUUUACUACACACCAGGGUCUCUGAAAGCCAAGCUGUGUGUCCGAGGUGCUAACCUUAGCUAUGAUUAUUGUGACAAGAAAGGUAUUCCCUACAAGAAAUGUGGCAAACUUAUUGUUGCUGUUGAACAAGAAGAAAUCCCACGGUUGAAAGUUUUGUAUGAGCGUGGAUUGCAGAACAAUGUGAAAGACCUCAAACUUAUUGACAAGAAAGGAAUCCAGGAAAGGGAGCCAUACUGCAGGGGUCUGAUGGCUGUGGAUUCUCCAAACACAGGGAUUGUAGAUUGGAGACGAGUGGCCCUCUCUUAUGCAAAGGAUUUUUGUGAUGCAGGUGGGACUGUACAAACCCAGUUUGAAGUAACUGACUUUCAUAUGGCUAAAGAAAGUCCUGAAGGAAGUAAAGAUGGUCUAAAAUAUCCAAUAACAAUUGUGAGUUCAAAGGGAACAGAAGUCCGGUGCAGCUAUGUUCUGACAUGUGGAGGUCUCUAUUCAGACAGACUGUCUGAGAAAUCAGGGUGCAGUCGUGUGCCACGUAUUGUACCAUUCCGAGGCGAUUACCUGGUGUUAAAACCAGAAAAACACUAUCUGGUCAAAGGCAAUAUUUAUCCUGUUCCAGACCCGAGGUUUCCUUUCCUUGGCGUACACUUUACACCCAGAAUUGAUGGCAGUAUGUGGCUUGGGCCCAAUGCAGUUUUAGCACUUAGACGGGAGGGUUACAACUUGUUUGAUUUCAAGAUGGAUGAAUUUAUCGAUGCAGUAAGCUUCAAUGGGCUUCAAAAAUUAGUACUGGCAAAUCUAGUGUUUGGCUUGACUGAAACAUACAGAGGCUUGUUCAUUAGUGCCCAGGUGAAACAACUUCAACGCUACAUACCAGAGAUCACCGUGAAUGAUGUAAUAAGGUGA